GAGGCCACACCCUGAAACUACCUGAGUUCAGGAGGAGAGGAGAGUAAGAGUGAGAGCGAGAGCGAGAGUGAGAGACUCCUGGACGGACCAGAAUUGGGAACGGACUCCUCGGGGCACAGUGCCGGCCUCCCGGGAGGGGAGCGGAGUGGGACCGGGACCCCACCAAGCCGAGCGGGAAUCGCGGGAACACCCCUUCUUUCUCUUUUGUCUGUGCCCGGUGAUUUCUGCAAAGUCGCAUCCCAGGCUGCGAUGGGAGUGGGCUGCUCGCCGAGAGCGCGUUGCUGAGACCCCAGUCUGGUUCCAUUGGUAGGGCCGUCCUUCCUCACACCUUUCUAUCGGGGACCAUGAAGAGCAACCGGGCCCAGAAGGGCAGAGGCGGUAAAAAGGACCUUGGCGCCGGGCUUAAGUACAGUCAACAAUCCCAGAAUAUAAAUGGCAUUGAGGAAGGAGUGGAAUUCUUGCCAGCCAACAAUUCAAGGAAGGUGGAGAAGCGAGGACCAAAGCGCUGGAUUGUGCUGUUGGCAUUGGUGACCUUUUUCAUCCUAUUAUCUCUUAUGGUUGGAAUCUUGGUGUGGCAUUUUAAUUAUCAGAAUGCAAGGGUGCAGAAAAUCUUCAAUGGCUACUUAAGGAUUACAAAUGUGAACUUUAUAGAUGCCUAUGAGAAUCCCAACUCCACAGAAUUUGCAAACCUGGCCAGCAAGGUUAAGGAAGUGCUAAAGAUUUUAUACAGUGGAAUCCCAGCCCUUGGACCCUUCUACAAGGAUUCUGGAGUAACAGCCUUCAGUGAGGGCAGUGUCAUUGCCUACUACUGGUCAGAAUUCAGCGUCCCCCAAUACAAAGUUCAGGAGGUUGAUCGAGUCAUAUCAAAAGAAAAUGCCAUAAUGCUACCUCUUAGAUCCCGAGCCGUGCAGUCCUUCACUGUGGAUUCAAUUGUGGCUUUCCCCACUGAUGCCAGAACAGCACAGACAACGCGAGAUAAUAGCUGCAGCUUUUCCCUACACGCCCACGCUGGUGAGGUGACUCGGUUUACCACACCGGGAUUCCCAGACAGCCCCUACCCACUGCGUGCCCGCUGCCAGUGGGUUCUGCGGGGAGAUGCUGACCUGGUGCUGAGCCUCACCUUCCAGAGCUUUGAUAUUGCCCCAUGUGAUGCUGCUGGGAGUGAUACUGUGAUGGUCUAUGACUCCCUGAGCCCAGUGGAGCCUCGAGCUGUGGUGCAGUUGUGUGGCAGCUAUUCGCCCUCCUACAACUUGACCUUCCUCUCCUCUCAGAACGUCAUGCUCGUCACACUCAUCACCAACACUGUCCGGCGCCACCCUGGUUUUAAGGCUGAAUUCUUCCAGCUGUCCAAGAUGACUCAAUGUGGAGGCUACCUAAGUGGAGAGCAGGGGACAUUCAAUACCCCCUAUUACCCAGGUCACUACCCCCCCAAUAUUGACUGCACGUGGAACAUUGAGGUCCCUCGUAAACAAAAUGUCAAGAUUCGUUUCAAAUUCUUCUAUCUGGUAGAACCGCAUGCAACCCUUGGUACCUGCAUGAAAGAUUUUGUAGAGAUCAAUGGGGAAAAGUACUGUGGAGAGAAGCCUCAGUUUGUGGUCACCAGCAACACUAAUAAAAUCACUGUAAAAUUCCAUUCGGAUGAGUCCUACACCGAUACAGGUUUCUUCGCUGAAUAUCUCUCCUAUGACUCCAGUGACCCCUGCCCUGGCAUGUUCACCUGCAAAACGGGACGCUGUAUCAGUAACAACUUGCGUUGUGAUGGCUGGGCUGACUGCACAGACUUCAGUGAUGAGCUACAGUGUGUGUGUAAUUCAACCCACCACUUCACUUGCACGAACAAACUUUGUAAGCCCCUCUAUUGGGUCUGUGAUGGCCUGAAUGACUGUGGGGAUAACAGUGAUGAGCUUCAAUGUAACUGCCCAGCUCAGACCUUCAAAUGUGGCAACGGGAAAUGCAUCCCUGAGAGCCAGAAAUGUGAUAAACAGGAUAACUGUGGAGACGGCAGUGAUGAAGCUGAGUGUGAGAGUGUUUGGACCGUCUCCUGUACCAAAUAUACAUAUAAGUGCCGCAGCGGAGUGUGUCUGAGCAAAGGGAACCCGGAGUGUGAUGGGAAGAAAGACUGUAGUGAUGGCUCGGACGAGAAUAACUGUGAUUGUGGGCUCCGGUCAUUCAGUAAGCAGUCACGGAUCGUCGGAGGUCAGAACUCAGAUGAAGGAGAGUGGCCGUGGCAGGUGAGCCUCCAUGCAGAAGGCCAGGGUCACGUCUGUGGGGCAUCACUGAUCUCCUCCACCUGGCUUGUCUCUGCAGCCCAUUGUUUCCUGGAUGAGUUGGGAAUCAAAUACUCUGACCCCUCAUUAUGGAAAGCCUACCUGGGUCUGCAUGAUCAGAGCAAGCGCAGCACCUCUGGGGUGCAAGUGAGGGGAUUCAAGCAGAUCAUCCCCCAUGCCGCCUUUAACGACUUCACCUUUGACUAUGAUAUUGCUGUGCUUGAGCUGGACAAACCUGUUGAGUAUACCUCUGUUGUGCGGCCCAUCUGCCUGCCUGAUUCAUCCCACACCUUCCCUGCGGGCAAGACCAUCUGGGUGACGGGCUGGGGGCAUACUAAGGAAGGAGGCUCUGGGGCAUUGGUCCUUCAGAAGGGGGAGAUCCGAGUAAUUAAUCAGACAACAUGUGAGUCCUUGCUACCCAACCAGGUGACCCCCCGUAUGAUGUGCGUUGGCUUCCUCAAUGGGGGUGUUGAUUCCUGCCAGGGUGAUUCAGGAGGCCCUCUCUCCAGUGUGGAAAAUGAUGGACGGAUAUUCCUGGCUGGAGUGGUGAGCUGGGGUGAAGGCUGUGCUCGAAGGAACAAGCCAGGUGUCUACACAAGAGUCCCUGUGCUUCGGGACUGGAUUAAAGAGAAGACAGGAGUGUAGAGGUUGCCCUGAAUGUACUAUCCUCUGCUUACAUACACAUAUAUGAAGACUGAAGAUGGAACAAUGGACUUGUCCUUCCCCCGAGGUUUCUUCAUGCUCUGAACUACAUCUCCUUGUCUCUGGGGAUCACGAAUCUCUCUGGGGAGCCUCAAACUUAUCUCAGGCCCAGCCCCAAACAAACUCCUAGGAAAUACUCGGGGAUAGGGAAGCCCUGGGCAGCACCUGUGUCUCAGCCUAGUGUCUGAAGUUUGGGGACACAACUUUUCCUCCCAACCACAGCUCCAAGUCUGGAUCUGAGAGAGUUUCCUAAGCCUUCUGUGUUUUCUCCGGAAUGAGGAACUCUGCGUGUAUCUCUCCACUUUGUCCAGAUGGACAUCCUAUGUAGUACCUAUGGCGGGACGCUCUUGGCAGUGGCGUUCAGCUCAUGCUUGACCCUGGAGAGAAUGAGGACCAAGAAGCUGAACUGUUUUUCUUGACACCCAGUUGGUUUGAGUGUGUGUGUGUGUGUGUGUGUGUGGUGUGUAUACAUGUAUAGUUUUUAAUACUUCUAAAAUUAAUAAUUUACAUCAGAUUUUAUUUCCUUUUUCUACUCCAAUUCAGAAAUGCCUGUGUUAGAUCCACACACUCAGCUCGGGGAAUGAGAAGUGGGGAGGGUCGAGGAGUACCAGAUUCUGUGAGAUUGUGCCAAGGGGAGAGGAUGGCCAGUCUUACCUUGACCUCCAAACAAGCCCUGUAGCUUCUCUUGUAGCACCUUAGAAGAGCAGAAAUUCUGCAGCCUCCAGAGAUGUAAAAGGGGUCCUUAGUUUGGGGAAGAGGUUGCCAGCGGGUGGCACCUGCCCUGAACUUGGUAACACAGAGGUUGCUCUUGGAAGCACCAGGCUGCUCUCUUGAAGCUUUUGUUUUAGGAGGGAAGGACACUCUCCUACUCCGAGAAGAGGGCAAUAAUGGGACACCAGUGUGCCCGUUCGUGCCCUACACACGGAUGGGCUGCUGGUUGCAUUCCUAGACUGACUGAGUGAUGUUCUUGAACCACAGAAGAACAAUAUCAGAAUUUUGACACCCUUAACCUCCCUUCGUCCCACACUUUGGAUUCUCUUUGCCCCAGACACAGUAGAAGAAAAUUUGACUUUUUUCCUUUAAUUUAGAACAUUCUGGCUUUUGUGCUUGGGAUGGCCCACUAAAGGUCAGAGUUGGGUACUUGUCUGCAGAGCUGGAGAAGAGUUCGAUCUAAUUCAAAUCAGCAGAGGAGUUCUGUGUGGACAACACUGUGCUUGGUACUGGGGGAGGUAUAGAGUUUAAAUAAAAGAACCCCUGCCCUCCCGAAGCUUAUACAUCUGGUAGAGACUGGGUGUCCCUUGUCCUUAGGACAGGAAUUGGUGUCGUGUGUUGCUUUUCUCAGCCCAGUCUGACUUGUUCUACUGUGUCUGGGGGACAGCUGUGGUUCUGUCCACGUGGGAUCCCACAAAGCAUUGUACAUGAGUGGGCCCCCUUCUAGGGCUCAGGGAGAGGGAGGGGGCUUCAAUCUGCAGUGGGGUGGGGGAGGGAGGAUCGAUAAAAGGAAGAGUCAGAAAAUGAUUUCCAAAGAAAUGACUUAUGUGUGCAGUUUAUUAUUGUAAUUGUUGUUGUCUUCUUGACCAGAGCCCUAGCUGGGCUUUUUCUCCAUUCAAUGUAUUUAAGGUGCUGGUGCCCCAGGGAAGAUAUUGGGGACCAAAUGUACAUUAAAGGGGAAUGUUUUACAUGA